AUGCUUGCCGGGCUGCGGGAUGGGCCCUGGGACUGCUACAUUCGCUGCGAGGUCGGCUGCGCUGGCGGCGCGGUGCUCGUGGCAGGAUGUGGAACUGGUCGCUGGGCCUGCCACUUUGCGGCCACGUUCCCCAGGGCGUCCGUGCUGGGCGUUGAUGUAUCGCAGCCGUCGUUGGAUUUUGCGCGUGAGCGUGCAGAGCAUUUCGGCUUACGAAACGCCCGGUUCGAGCGCGCAGACCUGCGGAGUGAAUGGGCGCCGCACGAGGAGGGGCAGUUCGGGCUCAUCGAGUGCGGCGGGGUGUUGCAUCACCUCGCCGACCCCGAGGCCGCGUGGGCUCGCCUGGUGCCGCUCCUGGCGCCGGGCGGGGUGAUGCUCGUGUCGCUGUACAGUCGCGCCGCCCGCCGGCCACUGAAGGCCCUGCGUGCGGACGUGCUCCUCGAGAUCUUCCCAGCCAGCCGCAACGAGGUGGCGGGGCCGGCUGGCGAGAUCGACGACGACGCGUUGCGCUCUUUCCGGCAAGGGCUGCUGGCUCGCACGUGGGCCACGAGCCCGGACCUGCACGCGCUGGCGCUGUCGCCGGACCUGCACAGCCUCGCCCGCCAGCGCCUCAGGCGCAGCUGCUGCGCCAACUCCAGGCUCAGCAGGGACGGCUCAAGAAGCAGCUUGUCGCUCAAAGACUUGCAGGACAAACUCAACGUCAACAUCGAUGACUGCCUGGCAACGCAGAAGACGAUCGAUGAGCUCGUGGGCAAGACCAAGACGGCAGCGCCGCAGUCGGAGGCACGCCAGGCUCAGCAGGCACAGCAAGCAGAAGAAGAAGAUUUUCCAGAGCUCGAUGCAGGAGAGUUGGCUUCCCUCGACGAGCCGACCAGGAAGACGCACAAGGAGGCCUCGGAGGCGCACAAGAAGGCCCGCAGCGUGCUCAAGAGCGCCACCGAUGCAGGCAAAGCAGCACGUGAGGCAGCAGAGCGGCUCCGCAAAGUCCAUGAAUCAAUCAAGCGGCGGCGUGGAGAUGACGGCCUGGUAGCAGGAGCAGACGACAAGACAUCCGAGGUGGAGGCCCAGCCAGCCUCCAAGGAGAAGGUCGACUUCACUGACGCAGCGGCCGUCGAACAAUACAUCGAGCAGACGGCGGCGCUACGAGCCAGGGCCGUUCAGCAGGAUAUCAAGAAGCUGCGCUACAAGUGGUGGCAGUCGCAGUUCACAUGGGCUCCAGCUACACCGACGGGGAGAAGUACCUCAGGUACACACGGAGGGACGUGUUGGCUUGCCAGAGCAGGUCAUGUCACGUCGGCGCACUUGCCCGACGGCGCGGGGCAGAGCGUCUUCCAGAAGGAGCUGCGCGACAUCUCGAUCAUCCUCUGGCGUCUGAAGGGGGCGACGCUGGUGCUGAUCUCAGUUUACUUGGAGUGCAGAGUGGGGUUAGACGAUCCAGCCAACAUCGCCAAGAUGAUACAACUUACACAAGUGGUGCAGAUGCCCAUCCAGCCAGUGAAGAUCGAGAUUAACACCACGACGAUGCACAAAGAAAAGGGACUCAAGCGGGCUCAACGUGAUCGUGAGAAGUAUCUGAAGAUGACCGACUCCAACGACAAUCACGGCGAUGCAGCACAGCCAGGACCAGGCCAGAGUAUGACUGAAGCUUCCGAAAACCAGAGCUGGCCACAAGAUGGCAAUCCAACUGCAGUUGCCCCUACCAGCAUGGGCGACGACUUCGACCCCUUCGAGCAGAUGGGCGCCGAGGCGGACGAACCCGACCAGGUGCAGCUGCAGCUGGAGCGGCGGUGGACUGCACGCAGAGACUUCGCCAAGCAGGAGUUGCCCGUGGCCAUGCGCGACCUGGAGCUCAAGGCUCGGCUCAGGAUCUCCAACAAGUCCACCAUCCUGGCCCAGAACCCCAAGGACGCCCGCGAAGUUGAGAAUGUCCUGGCCGAACUAAACAUCAACAUCAAGACUGACCAGACAAUGAAGGACCUGGGGGCCGACAACACCAUGGGGCAGCGCAGCGAGGUGAGAGCCCUCGGCGUCGCUGACGCCUCCGCGACCCUCGCCCAGCAGCGCUUGGCAGCUGUGGCCAUGGAGCUGGCGGCGCAGGCGCCGCGGGCAAUCCGAGCAGGCUUCGUCGUUCCAGCGCAGGCGGUCGCGGUCCAGGCGCAGCGGCCGCGAAACAGGGGCGAUGUUUUCGUCAAGGGCGGGCGCCGGUCGGCCGGGGCAAUCGCUGGGCAGAUCGAGGCCGAGCUCUGGGUGAUUCCCAGUGGCGCCGCUGCAGCCGCCGGCGCCGUGAGAUCUGGGCCGCCAGCGCUAGACUCCACGAGGCUGCUCUCUGUCUGCUGUGCCUUAGUUCCUGUGGCAGAGUGCCUCUCUGCACGCCCGCUGCCAGCCGUGCCCUACCAGGCCUGCGCGAGGCGCGGGGCCACGAAGGGCCGCCCGCACGCCGCCGCGGGGGGGAGCCCUGGCGUCGGGGCGGCCCCUCGCGGCUUCCCGCGCGAUACCUUCUUCCACCCGCUCGAGCACGAGUACGACCUGACAGAGGCCCGGAGCCCCGCGCAGCGGCCACUGGUGGGGCGGUCCCUCGAUCGGCUGGGCCUCGCUUGUGUGGGCCUUGAUGCGGAUCCCGAGCUGGUGCGUCUCUUCCAAGGUGCGAUGCCCGGGCGCAACAUGGCGGACCUGAAUGCAUGGCACGAGUUGGAGACUAUUAAGCGCAUGCCCGAGCUGUUCCUGGGGAUGUACGAACUCAUCCUCGUGCGAAGGUGA